AUGUUUUCUCCUUUACCAUUCCGUGUUUGUACGUUUUGGGGUACGUAAGUUGUGUUGGGUUAUUCCAGAUGUUCUUGCAACUGGAUAUGAAAGUGUAAAUAAAAGUUACAUUAUCCUAUUGAAGAGGACAGUUCACUUAUAUAUGGUUUGCGAAUCCGUAAAAUGGCCAGCAAUCAAAGUCCCAUAACCAACUAUCAAGUGCCAAGGGUCCCUGAAACAAUAAAUUUUCAGACAGAGGAAGAAAAAAUUCAGAAAUAUUGGGAUGAAAUCAAGGCUUUUGAAACUUGUCUUAAACAAUCCAAAGACAAGCCCAGAUUCACCUUCUAUGAUGGUCCUCCAUUUGCCACAGGUCUACCCCACUAUGGCCAUAUUCUUGCUGGUACUAUAAAAGAUGUAAUAACACGAUAUGCCCACCAACAAGGCUAUCACGUCGAGAGACGAUUCGGUUGGGAUACCCAUGGUCUUCCAGUAGAGUUUGAAAUUGACAAAAAACUUAAUAUUAAAGGACCUGAAGAUGUAAUGAAAAUGGGUAUUGCUAAUUAUAAUGAUGCUUGUAGGCAAAUCGUUACAAGAUACAGUAAGGACUGGGAGUUUAUCAUUAGCAGACUCGGUAGAUGGAUUGAUUUUGAGAAUGAUUAUAAAACUUUGUAUCCUUGGUUUAUGGAAUCGGUUUGGUGGGUCUUUCAACAACUUUAUCAAAAAGGGCUAGUUUAUAAAGGAAAUAAAGUGAUGCCCUAUUCCACUGCCUGCAACACCCCGCUCUCCAAUUUUGAAUCUAGUCAAAACUAUAAGGAGGUAGUUGAUCCAGCUGUGACUGUAAGCUUACCAAUCAUUGGCGAUAAAGAUAAUACGGCAAUCCUUGUGUGGACAACUACUCCCUGGACAUUACCCUGCAAUAUGGCAGCUUGUGUCCAUCCAUUAUUGGAAUAUGUUAAGUUUAAGCAGCUCUCAACUGGAAAGAUGUUUAUUAUGAUGGAAUGUAGAGUUGACAGCAUUUUUCAAGAAGGAGACUAUGAGAUUCUUGAGAAAUUUCUUGGUAAAAAGUUGGAGGGUACUAAAUAUCAACCAUUGUUUCCGUACUUCAAAGAAUAUGCUGAAAGAGGUGCUUUUCGAGUUUUAGUUGAUGAAUAUGUAACAUCUGAGUCAGGUACUGGUAUAGUUCACCAAGCUCCUUAUUUUGGAGAGGAUGAUUACCGUGUAUGCCUAGCAGCUGGAGUCAUAACAAAGGACAUGGAACCCAUCUCUCUCUUAGACGACUCUGGAAGAUUUAUUAAUUCGGAUUUUGAGGGGCUGUACAUUAAAGAUGCUGAUAAGCAGAUUAUUCAACAUUUAAAAACUCAGGACAGACUGGUUCAUUUAUCCCAGAUCAAGCAUAGUUAUCCAUUUUGCUGGCGUUCUGACACGCCCUUGAUUUACAGAGCCGUUCCAUCAUGGUUUGUAAGGGUUGAACAUAUGCGACAAGAGUUGCUUGACGCCACAGCUGAAACUUAUUGGGUGCCAGAAACCAUAAAAGAAAAGAGGUUUGGCAACUGGCUAAAAGAAGCUCGAGAUUGGGCUGUAAGCAGAAAUAGAUAUUGGGGUACGCCAAUUCCAAUUUGGAUGUCUGCAUCUGGAGACGAAAUAAGAUGCAUUGGAAGUAUUGCAGAACUGGAAAAGCUCACUGGGCAAAAGGUCACAGAUCUACAUAGAGAAAGCAUUGAUCACUUAGAAAUUCCUAGCCUAAAACCUGGCAAUCCCCCAUUAAAGAGAGUCCCCGAAGUUUUUGAUUGUUGGUUUGAGUCAGGAUCGAUGCCUUUCGCACAGCAACACUAUCCAUUUGAGAAUGCAAAACAAUUUGAAGAAAAUUUUCCCGCAGAUUUUAUAGCUGAGGGUAUUGACCAAACAAGAGGGUGGUUCUAUACCUUAACUGUAAUAUCCACAGCCCUUUUUGGCAAGGCGCCAUACAAAAAUUUAGUAGUCAACGGCCUAAUAUUAGCAAGUGACGGGCAGAAAAUGUCCAAGAGAAAGAAAAACUAUCCUGAUCCUUUAACUGUUGUUAAUACAUAUGGAGCCGAUGCGUUAAGGCUCUAUUUGAUUAGUAGCCCUGUUGUAAGAGCAGAGAAUUUAAAAUUUAAGGAGUCAGGUGUCCGCGAUAUUGUGAAGGAUGUAUUUUUACCGUGGUACAAUGCAUUUAGGUUUUUAAUGCAGAAUAUUGAAAUUUUCGUCGAAGAACAUAAGAAACCUUUUUAUUAUGACCCUUCGUUUGCGAAGAGUGAUAACAUUAUGGACAAGUGGAUUCUUUCAUUUACUCAAUCGCUACUAGAAUUCACUCAGAAGGAAAUGAAACUUUACCAUCUAUACACAGUUGUACCAAGGCUGACAAAGUUUAUUGAUUACUUGACCAACUGGUAUGUUCGAAUGAAUAGGAAAAGGCUAAAGGGAGAAGGUGGUGAAGCCGAUGCUUUAGUUGCCCUUAAUACGUUGUUUAAUGUGCUCGACAAUAUCGUAAGAAUGAUGGCUCCUUUCGCUCCAUUUAUAUCAGAAAAUAUGUACCAAUACAUGAAAACAAUUGCCCGCAAUGCUAAAACAGAAAGUGUACAUAUGGCCAUGUAUCCUUCUGCAGAUAGGUCUUUGAUUGAUGUUAAUAUAGAAAGAGCAGUAGCUCGGAUGCAAAGCAUUAUUGAGCUUGGUAGGGUCAUUAGAGACAGAAAAACUAUACCCAUUAAGUAUCCACUACCUGAGGUGAUUGUAGUUCAUCAAGAUCCAAAGCACAUUGAAGAUGUUCUUUCUCUGAAAGAUUACAUUCUUUCUGAAUUAAAUGUACGCAAAAUCUCUACUACUACUGACAAGAGUAAAUUUGGCAUAACAUUGAGAGCAAUGCCGGACCACAAGGUACUUGGCCUAAGGCUAAAACAGGAGUUUAAGGCCGUUACUGAAGUCAUUAAAGCCCUUACUGAUAGUGAAAUCAAUGAAAUGGUUACCAAGGGUUAUAGGGAUAUCUGUGGACAGCGCAUUGAUGUUAAUGAGAUCAAGUUAGUUUUUACUUCUGACAAGAUGAUUUCUCAACAAUAUGAGGUAAAUAGUGAUAACGACGUUCUGAUUCUUAUGGACGUUACUCCAGAUGAAUCUAUGCAAGACGAAGGAACUGCCAGAGAAAUCAUUAACCGCAUUCAGAAAUUGAGGAAGAAGGCGCAUCUGGUUCCCACAGAUGAAAUUGUGGUUUUCUAUGAAUCUGAGGGUGAUAUAGACCGUAUUGCUAAAGAAUAUAAGGGGUUCAUUGAAGGGACAAUUAAAGCAACUUUGGAGCCCUUGGCUAAUAAAAACUCAAACUCUUUUAUUAUUCAGGAAAAUCAAACGCUUAAAGAUUGUAAAAUUUGUAUUGCUUUGGGAAAACCUGUAUUACUGCCACAAUGCAAAUGGGUAAAUGUGCAGGUUGUCGGAUUAAAAACCAAGUAUUGUAAUGGUGCUACGAAGGGACUCGUACUUUUAGAAUAUAAUAACGAGGACAUUACUAUAGAACAAUUCCGACAUGAAAUUAGCACUUUGUUUGGUAUUGAAGACUUUGAUUUAGUAUUUUUAGAUAAAAAUAUUUUGUCUACAAAAGAUUUACUUAAUGCAAAAGGAAAUACUAUAUUUGUCACUCCCCAGGGAAAGACUGUCGAAACUCCAGCACCUACUUUACAACCUUUUUGUUCAUUUUCAACAAUUAAUACUGAAGGAGUUAUAAAAACAAUCAUUAAUGAAAAUCCUCUUGGAGAAAGAACCAUUUUUUGGAAGAAUCAAUAAAAUGUAGUGAAGACCCGAGUCUUCCCUCUCGAUCUGUAAACGAUUGGUAAAGUAUUAUUUUAACUUAUUCAUUCUUGUUUUAAUAUGAAAUUUGUUAAUCGACCAGAAGUUAUUUAUUUCGUUAUGCUUUCAAAAACUUGUUUAUUCUCAUUUGACCAAAAAUGUUGACUUUUAAAAGUUCCUAAACGUUUUUUGAACGUUUGGUAUUUUGUUACAUUUGUCAAGUUAAUAAAUAAAUAAAAUUUCAGUAGA